AGGCGCGAAUUUGCCCGUGUGGACCCGCUGAACUGCAGCGCCCAGAGGGAGGAGUGGCGGUGGCGCGUCACCUGGCCGCGCCGCAGCAGCACGUGAGGGAGACUUUUCCUACUCGUGAACUUUCCUCGAGCGCCAACAUCUGCUUUUCUCCCGGAGCUGGAGCCAGUCUCAGGCGAGUGGGAAGGACGGCGGGGGGCAGGUGCCUGCAGUCCGGCGCUGGCGUGCUCUCAGGCCUUUGGACGUGACCAAAUUACUCGGCCCGGGGCAUCCUUGGCUGUGCGAGAGCUGGGAGCCUGGGGAAGGAAAGCUGAGGAGCUUGGACCCUGUUCCUACCUUCUGUGAUGCAGACCUGGAAGUAGUCCCGGCCCCGGCCCCAGCAGUAGUUGUUGGCGGGAGACAGACUGUUGCUUUUUUUUUUUUAAAGAGACAGCAUCUCACCUUGAAGCCCAGGCUUACCUGGAACUAUCUAUGUAGACCAGGCUGGUCUCGAUCUCACGAGAUCCUCCUUCCUCUGCCUCCUGAUUGUUGGGGGUCAAAAAUCUGCGCCACCACAUCCGGAAGCUUGCUUCUCUUUGAUGCAUUCUACAAGGGAAGAUCCCAGGUUUUGAAUGUUGCCACAGCUGCAGUCAUAGAUUGCCAUCUAGGUUAAUUUUAGUAAAACAGUAUUGAGUUCUUGCUUCAGAUUAAGAAAUUAAUAAGAUUCUACUAAGCCUCAGAGGUAUACAGAUAUAAUCAAUGAUUGGAUACUUUUUCUAAGAAUCUCCUAUUCUUGGACAGUUUCAUACACUGUGUCUUGACCAUAUCCAUCCCCAGUUCACCCUUCACGCUGAACCCUGAACCCUUUCAGAUCCCUCUUCCACCUUUAUGUUGCCCCACCCACCCAGCCGAUAAAGGCACAACAAGCCUGAAGAUUUCUGUUUAAUUCCUGAGACCCAAAUGGGCGAAGGAGAGAACCUAUUCUGGCUUCAGCAAAUUGUCCUCUAACUUCCACACAUGUGCCAUGGUAUAUGUGUCCUUUUCCCCCAGUAAAUUAAAAGAUGAUUUAAAAACUGAAAGACUUACUGUGGAAAAAGAUGCUUUCUGCCUUAAAAUGAUUUUAAAGUUAGACAUACUGCAGAGAAGAGUUUUAGGUCCUAGAAGUAAAAUGAUAGGUCAAGGAUACAACCUCUGCUUCUUGUUUGCCUGCUCCUCUUCUAUGUGAAAAAGUGUGAGGAGGGGAAAUAAGCAUGUGCAGAAUAAGAAAAAAGUGGGCCCUGGACUAGCAGAGCGGCUUCAGAAGUCUGUGUGUUUGUAAGUCAAUUACAUGUAAUCCAAGUUGUCCCAGGAGCUUGUGCUUCUGCCAGAAACUGUAUGUUUUUACAUUAUUUUAUUUAACCUUUGCAGCAGUCCUGUUGCUAUUCUUAUUCUGUACCUGAGGACAUGGAGUUCUAGAAAAGUUAAGUGAUUUGCCUAAAGUCACAUAACUAAUGCUUCAUGGAGUAGACAUGCCAAUCCAGAUUUGUCAGACUCCUGUUCAUGAUCUUCACCCUGUGAUUUAUUUUUAAGGCUAAGAAUUUUUUUUUCUUACCAUUACUUUUGUAUAUGUGCUUAUUCCAGUUUUUAUUAUCAGACUUCUGUUCUAUUGCUAGGUGUCUGGCUUUCUUUGAAUGACAUUAUUUCAAUACUAUAAAUACUCUUUGUGUGUGUGUGUGUAUUCCAGGUAAAUACAGCUUCUUUCAGAAGCCAGACAAGGGUGUGAAAGCCCCUGGAACUGGAGUCAUAGGCAUCUGUGAGUGCUGGGAAUCCAGCUGAGGUCCUUGAAGAGCAGUGGGUGCUCCUAACUUGUUGGGCCAUCUCUCCAGUCCUUCAAUACUGAUGUUAUUGUUUCUGUUCCAGUGAAGUAUCUAAAGCAAAGAAGAAAACAGAAUGUCCUCAGUGUCGUCUGAAUACACCAUUGGUGGGGUGAAGAUUAACUUUCCUUGUAAAGCUUAUCCAGCACAGCUUGCUAUGAUGAACUCUAUUGUCAGGGGACUGAACUGUAGUCAGCAUUGUUUGUUGGAGAGUCCCACAGGAAGUGGGAAAAGUUUAGCCUUACUUUGUUCCGCGUUAGCAUGGCAACAGUCUCUUACUGGAAAGCCAAUGGAUGAGAGCUUGAGUAAAAAGCAUGAGGUGCCAUCGUCAUGCUGCUGUGCAUGCCAUUCAAAGAAUUUUACAUACAGUGACACGAACAUGGGCACUUCACCUCAUUUCAGUAGUCCAAGCAAACCGUUGGAAAGAAAUGGCGCUUCAUCACCCUGUCGAGACUCUCCUGAAAAAAAUACUUUGGCUGCAAAGUUAUCUGCUAAGAAACAGGCAUCUAUACACAGAGAUGAAGAUGAUGAUUUUCAAAUGGAGAAGAAAAGAAUCCGACCCUUAGAGACUGCACAGCAGAUGAGAAAACGUCAUUGUUUGGAAAAGGAUGUCCACCAUUUGGAUGCACGAGUAGCUUCAGAAAAUAAAGUAAAUCCUGGGUCUCCUGUAAGAAAGACAAGCUCCUCUUUCCAAAAUCUCGAUGGCCUGUGUUCUAGGUGCUGCUGUUCUACUAAACAAGGAAACAGUGAAGAGUCUGCAAGUACUGUUAAGAAAGAUCACGGGGGACAAUUCAAGAGACCCAAAAUUUAUUUUGGGACACGCACGCACAAGCAGAUUGCUCAGAUUACUAGAGAACUCCAAAAGACAGCUUACUCAGGGGUCCCAAUGACUAUUCUUUCCAGCAGGGAUCAUACCUGUGUUCAUCCUGAAGUAAUGGGCAACUUCAACAGAAAUGAAAAGUGCAUGGAAUUGCUGGAUGUAAAACAUGGUAAAUCCUGCUAUUUUUAUCAUGGUGUCCAUAAAAUUAGUAAUCAGCAGACAUUGCAGUCCUUUCCGGGAAUGUCCAAAGCCUGGGACAUAGAAGAGCUUGUCGGCCUCGGGAGGAAACUGAAGGCAUGUCCCUACUACACAGCUCGGGAACUGAUAGAUGAGGCUGACAUAGUAUUUUGUCCCUACAACUAUCUCUUGGACGCACAAAUAAGGGAAAGUAUGGAUAUAAAGCUGAAAGAGCAAGUUGUCAUUUUAGAUGAAGCUCAUAACAUUGAAGAGUGUGCUCGGGAAUCAGCAAGCUACAGUGUAACAGAAGUUCAGCUUAGGUUUGCUCGGGAUGAGUUGGACAGUUUGGUCAGCAGUAAUGUAAGGAAGAAAAACCAUGAGCCCCUACGAGAUGUGUGCUGUAACCUCAUUAAUUGGUUAGAAACAAAUUCUGAACAUCUUGUAGAAAGGGACUAUGAAUCAUCUUGUAAAAUAUGGAGUGGAAAUGAGAUGCUCUUAAGUUUGUACAAAAUGGGCAUCACCAGUGCUACUUUUCCUGUUUUGCAGAGGCAUUUUUCAGCUGUCCUUCAAAAAGAAGAAAAGGCCUAUGGCAAAGAGGAAGCUAUACAAAUACCUAUUAUUAGUGCUUCAACUCAAAUAAUGCUUAAAGGACUCUUCAUGGUGUUAGACUAUCUCUUUAGAGAAAAUAGCAGAUUUGCAGAUGACUAUAAAAUUGCCAUUCAACAAACUUACUCCUGGACAAAUCAGAUUGCUGUUUUUGAUAAAAAUGCGGUCUUGGCUCUACCAAAAAAUAAGAAACAUUCACGACAGAAAAUUGGAGUUAAUGUGCUAAACUUUUGGUGCUUAAAUCCAGCUGUGGCCUUUUCAGAUAUUAAUGACAAAGUACGAACUAUUGUUCUAACAUCGGGAACACUGUCACCUCUGAAAUCCUUUUCAUCUGAGCUUGGUGUUACAUUUAACAUCCAACUAGAGGCUAACCAUGUCGUCAGUAACUCACAGGUUUGGGUUGGUACUGUUGGCUCAGGCCCUCAGGGACGGAAUCUCUGUGCUACCUUCCAGCAUACUGAAACAUUUGAGUUCCAGGAUGAAGUGGGAAUGCUUUUGUUAUCUGUGUGCCAGACUGUGAGCCAAGGAAUUUUGUGCUUUUUGCCAUCUUACAAGCUAUUAGAGAAAUUAAGAGAACGUUGGGUUUCCACUGGCUUAUGGCAUAAUUUGGAGUCAGUGAAGACAGUCAUUGCAGAACCCCAAAGAGGAGAAAAAACUGAUUUUGAUGAAUUGCUGCAGGUGUACUACGAUGCCAUCAAGUUCAAAGGAGAAAAAGAUGGAGCCCUUCUCAUAGCGGUGUGUCGUGGCAAAGUGAGCGAGGGUCUGGAUUUCUCCGAUGAUAAUGCCCGUGCUGUCGUAACAGUAGGAAUUCCUUUUCCAAAUGUGAAAGAUCUUCAGGUUGAAUUAAAACGACAAUACAAUGACCACCACUCAAAAUUGAGAGGCCUUUUGCCUGGCCGUCAAUGGUAUGAAAUUCAAGCAUACAGAGCCUUAAAUCAGGCUCUAGGCAGGUGUAUUCGCCACAAAAAUGAUUGGGGAGCUCUUAUUCUGGUGGACGAUCGUUUCAACAGCAACCCAAACCGCUAUAUAUCAGGACUUUCUAAAUGGGUGAGGCAGCAGAUUCAGCACCACUCAACCUUUGCAAGUGCCCUGGAGUCCCUGACCGAGUUUUCUAAAAGACACCAAAAAGUUACUAACAGAUCAAAAAAAGACAAGGAGUCUACUCUGGAAGUGGCCUGUUUGGAGGACAGCACUCAUACAGGUGUGUCAAAAGCAAGUCAUCUAUCAACAGAAAAUACUAGGGAAGAAGCAGCAAAACUGUGUGUCCAGGAGCUGCAGUGUCCCCAAAUGACUACUAAAAACCCCUCAGUGCCGAGUCACAACAUCUCCAGAAGGAAGAAAGGUGAUCCAGCACUCAGAGAGGAGUCUGUUCAAACAAUGAGAACGGAGAAAAAUGUCAUUUCCAGAUCCUCAAGCCCAACUUUUGGGAAGCAAACAGAGCCAGUCAGCUGGCCUGCCUUUAAGUCCCUGAGACAGCACUUCACUAGGAAAGUAAAGAACCCUACACCCGUGCUCCGGUCAUCAGAGAGCCUUGCCGCUGGCUCUUCCUCCUUCCAGGCAGAAAAAACAGAAGAUAACACUGCUUUGACACUCACAGGUAAAUGCGUGUCCUCAAAUGAAACAGCAAACGCACCAUUCGCACCUUGCCCUCAGUCAGAAACCACGAUUUCUUCGAUGAAGGUUGACAUUACUCCUGCUAAGAACCAUUCCAAACAGCUGUUCUGCUCUGAGAAAGACCUGCAGCCGGGUCGUGAGUCGUCUCCAGUAAGUGAAGAAGCCAAGCAUUCCAGUUCAAGUGCAGCUAUAGAAACAGAAGCAGGAGAGGAUUCCCCGUGUCUCACGCCUGAACUCUUUGAUCCUGUUGAUACUGAUGAAGAAAACAGUGAACCAGUUGAAACUGAUAGAUCCAGUAAUAAUUCAGAUUGUUUCUCUUCUGAAGACCUUUUUGGAAGUGUAACGAAUUCAGCCAGAAAUGAAAGUUGCACAGACACAAAGUUAAACAGAGUCAUGCCAGUGGAAGAGAACAAAGCUGACAACUUGAACAAGUGAAUUAGAGCUAGGGAAACUCCUGCAUAGACAUGAGGGCCUAUGAGCAGCAGUGGGCGGGGCUCCCUGAUGGUAGGUGAUGUGUCAGGAUUUUGUUAAGCCUCGUUGUGUAAAUAAUUUAUACAUUGGGUAAAUGUUGUAGUUUUAAUUUCUAAUUUUCUUUAUUUUCAUUGUUAAUUCAGUGUCAGAUUUGUCUAUUUUAUGUUCAGAAAUGCAAGUCUUAUUCUAGAGUUUUAAUUAAGUAAUCCAUACAAAGUACUUUCCUCUAGAAUUUAGUUUCCUGGGGCACUUCCAGUUUCACACAGUUGCUCAUAUUUUAUGGUUCACUUAAUUAAUGUAACUUCAUACUCAUAUACAAAGAUUAAUCUCAGCUGAAUCCAGCCACACUUUAGCCAUAUGAUACUGUAUAUUUUAAUUCAAAUUUAUAGAAGAUGUUUUUAGAAAUCAUAGUUUAUCUCCAAAAGCUUGCCGUCUCUUUAAACUGCCUUAGAUUGGGCAUAGCGCACACAGCUGCUUUCCCAGCACGUGGAAGACUCAGGCUCUGGGCCUGUUUCAAAGAAAAGAAAAUGGUUUAGAACUAGUUUGUUACAAAGGAGAGGGAAAGAGUAUGUAUAUUUCAUUGAAAUUGAAGGAUUUUUUAUUUUCUAAAAUUAAAAUAUCAAAAACAAAAUUAUAUGCAGUUAUAGAACUCCAUUUGAAAUCCUCAAAAUCAAUUCAAAUUUUUUAGCUUCACUGUCAUCAUAGAAAGUGAUGUGCCUCAACCUCUGACCUCAUACACAUAUGCACAGACCACAACAUGUACACGUGUACACACACUCAUGUACACAUACACAUAUACACACAGAAAUAAUACACAGAUCCUAGCGAUGCCAAAGAUGUAAUACAUUCUGGUAUAAAAUUUUAAUUCUGUAAUGAUUAAGAUGGAAAACUUGAUAUGUAAAUUUAAUAAAUAAGCAGAUGUUUCAUAUCCAUAUACACAUAUAUAAAACAAUCUCUGAAAUAUGUUCCCUUAAAGAACAGGAAUCUACUGUGAAUUUUGAGUGUGUGCAAGUUUUAGAGACUGAAACUGUAUAUCUGAUCAAAACUGUUUAUAAAAGAUGGUUACCUCUGACAUUCCAAAAUUACAUCUGCUGAAUGGACAUUUAGACUUUUUAUGGUGAUUUGAAUUGAGAGAGUGUGUAUGGGUAGCUGGAGAUCAAGCCCAGGGCCUGGCCUGCUAACCAGGUGUUCUAGCAUUGAGCUGUGUCCAGCCUGAACUGAAAUUUUAUAAGCUGUUCAACUACUCUGCAUGGUUUAUUAUCAAGUCAAAAUCCCAGUAAUUAUAUUUUUAUGUUCUUUUGAGUAAGUGAAUUAUCAUGUAUGCAUGUAUUUGCUUUCAUUUUGAUAGCAUUUAGAUUUGGUACAUGAAAUUUAAAUUGACAGUUAACCAAGUAAGGAUUUUAUCUGUGGAUUUAGAAGGUGAUUUCUACAUUGUUUUGAAAGAAACCAUUUCUCCUGUUGUGGAUCUUAAAUCAUAGAUGGGGUAGUAGUCAGGUCCUGGAAGGAUUGUAAGUAGAAGAUGGAAACAUAGCCUCUUUCCUGGCUGGGCCUCAGACUUGAUACUUAUAUGGCAAUACCAUGCCUUUCAUGGGAUUAGUCUCAUUUGUAAAAAAAAAAAAAAAAAAGUCUGGUUGCUCUUCUAGAGGACCUGAGUUUGAUUCCCAGCAUCCCCAUGGCAACUCACAACCAUGUGUAACUCCAGUUCCAAGGGAUCCAACACCUUCUUCUGGCCUCUGGGUACCAGGCAUACACAUGGUACACAGAAUGCAGGAAAAUAUCUAUACAUGCAAAAAGUAAAUCUUUAAAACAGAAAAAAGUUUCACUGUCCUAAGAAUUUCAAAUUAAAAUCCAAGACAGAAUCUCAAACUCAGUUUAUACAAAACAAAGAAAUGUACAAAUACCUACAUCAUGUUGGAAUAGACAAGCACCCAUCCAUCUGUUUUUGAUAAUGACCGCAAGGAAAAUGCUCCUAAAGCAUGCACACCUACUCCCGAGUUAGCAGGCUCAACCUGAGCAGAGGAUGAGCAGUAACUCAUGGAGACAGCUUGCAGAGAAAGGGAGGGAAUUCUAACAGCUGUUCUGAAAAAACAAUGGCCGCUGAUUAUAGACAAAUGACCUCAUCCUCUCUGUGUGGACUUCUCACAUUGCCUACUGCCAUUUUGCAAUUUCCCAACCAAUUUCUAGAAUGUUCAUCAUGUUCCUUUUUAUCCUGCUAAUACCUAUUCCUAAUGUUGGCUAGAAGUGAUUAAGAGAUGCAAUGUGAUUUACCCCAGGCCCUGUAUGUACCCUGAAAUACAAUGCUACAUUCCAUGCAUGUCUACUGGCUAUUAUGUCCCAGUUUUCAAAACUCAGUCCAUUUAAACAAACACAAGCUCUAUGGUAAUAUCUACCAUUCAACACUUUAUGUGAAAGACUCAGCUAAAACAUGAAAAUUUUCCUGCUGCCUUCCUCUCCAAAGUGACCCAUUCAUGACAAAUUUCAAUGUUUACUUUGGUUACAAAUGCCUGCAGAAACAUAUGGUCAGAUCAUAUGGUUCUAAUCAUUUUCCCUUCAGGACUUUGCAGCUUUGCCCAAUUUCAAUAUUUUUUCUGGAAUUGGAAAUUCUUUCUUGUGGUAAUGUACUCAUUUAUCAAAAAAUGAGUAUGUGGUUGUAAGGAAUUUUUGGUUUAUUGCAAUAUGGAAGAUUGUAAGUUUUUCUGAGACCUACAACUUUACAUAGUUUCAUAGUUACAUUGUUACACAAAUCCAUCCCAUGUUCUGUGUGCCCUUGAGCUUGAAGUGAAGGUCAUGUUACUUUUCUCUGAGUCUCCAAGGUCUCCUUCAAUUCUGAACUUCCACUCUUUUUAAUCAAUACAUGGGUGAUGUCAAACAUAAAGGUGGUUCCAUCUUUAAGAAAUGGCGGGGGUGGGAGGUGAGUAUAAGUAAGGGAGGUUUCCUCUAGGUCUGUUGUCUCUCCCCUGCUGUGAGCGCUAUCCUUCUACAUUCCAUCCAUUGCUGCACAGAUGUGCACUGGGAUCGCUCAGUCAUUCAGGGUCUGCAGUUCUCACAUCCCCAUGAAACCUUGUCACUAGGGCUAGAAGGGUAACGCCGGUUAAAAGUUGCUCUUCCAGAGAACCUAAAUUUGGUUCCCAGUGUUUCACAACUGCCUAUAAAUCUAUCUCUAGGGAAGCGAGGCACUGUGGCACAUGCAGAGGCAGGUGGAUCUCUCUGAGUUCAAGGUCAGCCUGGUCUGCAUUGUGAAUUCCAGAACAGCCAGAGCUACAUAGUGAGACUCUGCUGGGGGCAAGCAGGGAGGGAGGGAUCUACUUACAAGGGGUUCAACACUUGGGCUCUUCUGGCACCUGCACUCACGUACACAUAUCCCUACACAGACACAAACAUCUACACAAAAAUAGCGUCAUUUUUCUUAAAGUUAACACUUUGGUAGGGCAUGCCUUUAAUCCUAGCACUCUUGAGAUGGGUAGGAGAGUCACAAACUGAAGACUAGUUUGGGUUACAAAGCAAGUCUCUGAGUCAAAAACAAAAUAGAAAUUAUAAUUACACAAAUAAAAAAGGUGGCUCUAAAGGGGUAGGAAGAGAGCCGAGAUGGCUCAGUGGAUAAAAUGCUUGUUUUGCAAGCAUGAGGACCUGGGUUUGUUUUCCAGAACACAGGUAAAUAAUGCCAGGUGUGGUGACGUGCUUGUUGUAAUUCCAAUACUGUGGAGGCAAAGGAAGACAGGUCUCUGAGGUUUACCGGCUGGCACAUGAGCCAGUUAAAGAUGGCACCGUGGGGAAGUCAGGAGGGCAAGUCCUGGGAUGUUUAUAAAAAGGGCGAUUGGUCGCCAAGAUCGAGCCAGAUGUCACUGCAUGAACAGCUCGUGUUCACUAGGUAAAGCAUAGGGCGCCUAGGCGCAUGAUAGGCUGACCUUUAAAACCAUUGGCUGGCUGUUCCCGACUCCCCGCCCCCACCCCCUGGCAGUUUUUUGCUUUAAAAGAUGCUUGUUGUGGGGCAAUAAAUGAGUUUCUGCUUGACUAGA